AUGACUGGAAGUGACUCAUCAAUGUGUGAUCUUGAAGUCAAAUCAUCAUUAUCAUUGACAAGUCACUUACAUGAAUAUCAACGAAAUCCAUUAUUUCACAUUAAUACCACUACUCUUACUACUACUACCAUUAAUAAUCAUAUUAACACAACUUCUAUUAGCAAUUAUCAACAACAAAAUGACACUAUGUAUGACAAUAAUAAUGAUAGUAAUGUUGAUAGUGAUAUGAAAGUCAAAUCAUCUAUGAAUGAUUGUAUUAAUGACAAUACUAUAAAUGAUACACAUUCUACCACUGUUGUCCACGCCGAAAAUGAAAAUCCUAGAAGACCAAUACCGUUGACGAAUACAUCAAAUUUAGAAGGUGCAACAUCUAAUGUAAGUGGUAACAGUAAUUUCCAAACAAUGUCUGGAAAUACAAUUUCAUUUCUGCCAAUUUCCGCUACACAUGAUGGUCGUUAUGAAUGGCCACCUUCAAUUAGGUAUUCAUCAGCUAAUACUGAUCGAUUCAUUCAAGGAACUAACACAAACACUGAUAACAGACAAGAAAAUUUUAGAAAUCAACUAAUAAGUAAUAACAAUAAUAAUUAUAAUUUCAAAUCCGCACUUCCUACCAACAAUACGUCAGAUAAUGAAAUUAAUCAAACGAACCAUCAAAAUUUGCCACCAUUCACGAAUGAAAAACUGUUGGAUUCUGUACGAUCUAAAAAUUUUAACAACACUAAUAUUAGUAAUAAAGUGGAGUGUUCUUCUCCAGAUGCUAAUAUGGUUGCAGCCGUCGCAUUCAAUGCUGUCCGUAGAUGGUUUACUAAUUCAUCAACAUUAACUAAUUCAGAUAAUACAAUGAAAUCAGUAUGGAACGAAAACAUGAGAACAGGAAAUUCCGGUACAAAUUCAAUUGGUUUCAUGAAUCAAUCGAAUAUAUUACCUUAUGCAUCAUUGAAUUCUCGUUUACAACAUCCAUUGUUACCUCCACCCUUAGUUUUGAACUCAACUGUUGGUAAUACAACCACACAAAAUUCAACACAUAAUAAUUAUGGAAUGUUUAUGCAUCGUGGACAUCAUAGUAGUGGAUACGUUCCGAAUCAUACAGCACCGAUGUUACGUGGGGGUAAGAAACGGUCUCAUUCUCAAUCAUCUGUAAAUGAAUUAUUUGAUAUAUCAAGUUUAACAAGAAGUUCUCAAGGUUCAUUGAAUAUCAUGCAAUCUAUACGUGGUUCACACAGCAUGGGACCAAGCGCGGAAGGUUCAUAUGGCCAUUUAUCUGCUGCUUCACUUGGUGCAAGUCCUGGAGCUUCAUGUGAUAUUCGUCGUACACUAAGCAGUAAUGGCAACUCUUCACAUACUGCUCCACCAGCUCCAUUUAGUGAGAGAUCACCAUUCUGGUCACCUAAUUCACCACAUUCAUCAGGUAGUGGGUUUGAUAAUUAUCAAACAUCUUCACAUAAAUCUUUACCGUUACCGUCAACUUUACAAACAUAUCAGCAGCAUUCCGGAUAUACAUCUACAAGUGGUAGUAGUGGUAAUCGUUCAACUGGUUGUUUAAAUCGUGCACCUUUUGGACAUCUUGCGGUUUUAUCUUCAUCAAAUUCAUUAAAUAAACAAAUACAACAACAAUCGGAUUCUAAUUCUGUGUUCAAUUGUUCAAUAGAUGUUCCGAAAAAGCUGACAACUAAUUCCUGUAAUAUGAUAUUACCAUCAUGUAGAACAUUGGGAUUGUCUACUAACAGUGUUACAGCAUCUUCAUCAGAAAUAACAAAAAAUUGUACUAGUAAUGUUUUACAGUCGGCAAUGGCCUUCGCUGCAGUUGCGGUUGCAGCUGCGGCAGCCUCUUCUACAACCUCUAGCAUAACAGAGAGAGAAAGUUCAUCUUUAUUGAAUAAACAUGUAUUAGAGAAUACUUUACAUCGUGAAUGUAGAGAUCAUGGUUUGCAUCAACACCCAUCAAGUGAAUGUGAGUCCUGUUCAUCAACACUUACCAUGGGUAAUAACAAUAAUAAACUGAAUGAAUCAAUCAAUUCUGUGUAUAAUAAUUUAGUUCCUUCAUGCUUUAUGAAACCACCUUCCUCUGCUACCAUUAAAAGUUCAGCUACUACUACUGACAAUAAUAACAGUAAUACUAAUAUUCUUUCAAACGAUCUCUCAACAGACAAUCGAAAUAAAUCUUUAAAUAAGUUACCGUGUUAUAAUAACGAUGCUGAUGCUAACGAUACUUGCAUGGAUGCAACUAAUAAUGAAAAUAUCCAACAAGGAGUAUUCAGAAAAACAAUACCCUCUACUCCUUCACAUUUCCAAUUUUCUUCUAAAACUUACAAUCAAUUAACUCAAAACAAUUCAAGUAAUAAACCUAUUACCGCUGUGAAUAAUGGCAACGACGUCAAUAAUGUUGGUAAUAUGUCUUCAUCAUUUACAAAUCCUUUACAUUGGCCAUUUGAGUCAAUACCGACACCUGACUGGUCACAUACAUGGUUUAACAACAAUAAUACCAAUAGUACUAUAAGAUGUCAACUCAAUCCAAAUGAAACAAUUCGAAGAAAUGGACGAGUAAAAAUUGGACAAAUUGAUCUAAAUUCAACAGUAUUAUCUAAAAGUGAAAUGUCUGAAUUAUUAAUUAAUGAAAACAGUAAUAAUAAUCAUCAUCAUUUAUUUGGUAAAGGAAAUAAUCUUUUAUGUCCAACAUUAACAAAAGAUUUAUUGAAACAACAUUGUGCAUUAAAUAACUCUGAUAUUAAUAGCAUUACCAAUAGUUCACUAAAUCAACAAUCUUCUCAAAGAAAGCAAAUUGAUGGCACAUUGAAUCAAAUGCGUGGUAUUAAAAAUUUUGGUCGUACUUGUCGUAUAACACCAGUAUUAGAGGCAAUAACGCCAGGGAUAACCACAUCAAUUUCAGAGACAUCAGCAGUUGCAUCAUCAUCAUCAACAACAGCGGCAACACCGACUACCACAGGAUUGUUUAAACAAAAAUCAAUUGAACAUUCACAUAAAUGGCAAAAUCAAAAUGUAUUUAGUAGUCGUAGGAAUUCAACACGUGAUCCUAGUAACAAUAAUAAUAGUGGUGUUGGACGUUGUUCAGUUGAUGAACCAGAUGUAGAUGAUGAUGAAGAACUAGAUGAUGAUGGAAGGGUACCACAAGAAGGUGAUCCAGAUUUUGUUGAAACAACAUGUCGAUGGGGUGAUUGUACAUUACAGUUUGAUGAUCAAGAUGAAUUAGUGAAACAUCUUAGUACUGAACAUAUUGCAGGAAAUAAGAAAAGUUUCGUUUGUUUGUGGCGAGAAUGUGUUCGUGGAACCAGGCCAUUCAAGGCUCAGUACAUGCUUGUUGUACAUAUGCGAAGACAUACAGGCGAAAAACCACAUAAAUGUAUAUUUGAAGGUUGUAUAAAGCGUUAUUCACGUUUGGAAAAUUUAAAAACUCAUCUUCGAUCACAUACUGGAGAAAAACCUUAUCAAUGUGAAAUUCCUGGUUGUAAUAAAGCAUUUAGUAAUGCAUCCGACAGAGCUAAACAUCAGAAUAGAACUCACAGUAAUGAAAAACCUUAUACAUGUAAAGUUGACGGUUGUUCCAAACGAUACACAGAUCCUAGUUCUCUACGAAAACAUGUAAAAACUGUUCAUGGUGCUGAAGUUUAUGCAAAUAAAAAGCAUAAAGGUGAAAGUUGGAGUGAUCGACCUUGUGGUGGGUCUGGAUUUAGUGGAGGGCAUCUAUUUGGCAAUAGUAAUAAUAACAAUAGUUAUCCUUCUCAAGAUAAACGAUCCAAUGGUUCAAUGCCUGGUAUACGUGGAAGAUUUGGUCCACGCGGAAUGAAUGAUAACGGCAAUAUAUUUCAUCGUGGAACCUAUACGGAUAGAGAGCAACGCCCUUCUUCAUCAUCAAAUCCAAGAGAUAGUUGUUUAGCUUGUCUUAGCAAUCCAGUUCAUACAACUACAAUACAUCCUGUAGACAUCAAUGCCGAAAGCAUUAUCACAGAAUACCCUAAUCAAGAUUUAUCGAAGUUGAAAAGAUUCAGUAUAGAAGAGUCUGGUAGAAAUACUUCACAUAAUAUGAAUUGGUAUCUACCUGAAACUGAUAAUCAAAAUGUACACUCUAGUGUUUUAAUGAUGACAUCGUCACCGGCAGUAUACAAUACAAGAAAUGAUUAUUUUCCUAGUUUCAAAUGUGAACAUUCCAUUUAUCCAAAUUAUUUUAGUUUUGCACGAAAUAUGAUUCAUACUGAAGACACAAAUCAAAAUCAUAAUAACAACAAUAAUUUAGUUUUCUCUUGGACAUCACCAACAACACCAUCACCAUGUGAUAACUUAUAUUUAGAUCAAAAAAUUAAUCCAUCUAUCACAUUACAACCUUUAUCGACCACAUCAAAUCCCGUUCAAUCGUUGUCACCAUCAAUAGACAAUCCAAUUAACUCAACAGGUACGAAACAGAAAAAUCUUUUUUCACCUGUCAACGAAUCAGUAGCUAUGAUGAGAAACGAGAAUUGUGAUCAAUCAAAAUCAGUAUGUGUUUAUGGAACAUCAGAUGAUUUGGUAAAAGAUUUCAAAAAAUCCUUGAAAACUGAAGAAAAUAAUUUGAUAUGGAAUUGGAAAUAUUCACAACCGUCAAUUGAUGAAAUGAAUAAAGAUCAUUGUAAUAAAAAGCAUUCCAUUUUAUGCUUUGAUGAUCAAGAUAUGAAAAAGCCAUUACCUGGAUAUCUAUCCACAUCAUUAGAAUCUCAAUCAAAUACUCAAUUUGCUUUGAAUCCAAAUGAUCAAACAGUGAAUCAGUUAACUAGAUCAAUUAAUAAUGAACAUUUCAAUGAGAUAUCAAAUAUGUCAACUACUAUUAUUAAUGAAACUUAUCGUGAAAAUAAUUUACAAUUUAAUUUCCCUUUGAAAUGGAAAGUUGAAGAUCCACUAGCUUAUUCAAAAAAUAUGGAUAAUAAUAGUCAAACAAAAAAUAAUAAUGAAUUAAAUGAAGAAAAUUCUCCUCAAUCGAAUCAAAAUGAAUGUAUCUCAAAUGUACCAUUAUUGAAUAAUCAUUAUAUGGAAGAUGUUACAGAGCAAAAAUCUCAAUUAUGUGUAAUAGAAUGUCCAACUCGAUUGAGAUCAAUGCAAGAUAUCUGUUCAUCUAAUGAUAUUUGGGAUUCAGAGAGUGCGGCUGCAUCAUCCGGUAUUGGAUCAGGUGUAACAACUACCACAGCGUCAGAUAACAGUAACCCCACCGCCCAGAAUCAUCAUCGCCAACAACAGCAACCGAAACACUCUCAUCAACAUCAAAACCGAACAAAGUCCAUAAAUUCAGACAAUAACUAUUCAAAUCAAGAUAAUGUUAGUACUAUGGAUAAUGAUGAAGCAUUCUUUAAUAAUGAGAAUAUCAAAAGUGACCUUGGCUCUAUUGAUCGAUCCUCUUUAUUUGGAACACCAAGAACAGAUUCAAAUUCAACUGGUUGUUCGUAUGAAAGAACAUUUAAUCCACAAAUAAACCAUAAAAAUGAUAACUUAAUACAUUCUUCAUGUACUUGUAUACAAAAGCGACAAAAAAGAGACAAUUCACAAUCUACUUGUUCUUAUCACCGACAUUAUCAUGAUCAAUUAGUAGAUGGGAAUAUAUCUUCACAAUUAGAUUCAGAACAACUUAGUGCAACAAGUUCUCAAGUAAGCAGUGGACUUGGUUCAAUGACUUCAUCAAAUGCUGGUAGUGGUUGUAAUUGUACCGGUACAGGAUUAAACAAUACAAAUAUAAAUGUUUUAGAUAAUGUCAGUGGUAAUGUUAGUAGCAAUAUCUGUGUUAAUACACUACCUAGAUUGGUUGAAGGUGACAAUUCAUGUAAAUUAACUAAUGAUUAUCCAAAUAAUUCACAAGUAUUCAAUGAAGAUGAUAAUAACAUAUCAAAAAUGUGGAGAAAGUAUUAUAAAUCAUAUAGUUAUUGUUCACCGUGUAACAAUCAACCUGAAACAUUUUAUCCUGAAGUAUUCAAUUCCGAGACGGAGUGUUAUUCAAAUACACCAGCAACCGUAAUAAAUGAUCUCUCUUCCACUGUUUCUCCUGUUCCACCUUCUAUCUCAACAUAUCAUUACCACCAUAAUCCUCAUCUUCGUCAUCAGCAUCAGCAACGUCAGUCACAACAUAACCUCGACUUAGUUAUGUCUAGUUCAAAUCAUUAUAAUGAUGAAAUGCACUUUUCUCCUCACAGUUAUGUUCAUUCAAGUUCAUCUAAUUCAUCACCAUUCAAUUCAAAUCGUCCACAUUCUGUUGAAACAUUUUCGCAUAAUAAUUUAACGAACAAUAGUUUAUUUGACCAUAAACGAUAUACACAUACUUCAUCAUCGACUACAAAUAACAGUCAUGAUAAUGAAAUGAUUAAUAGUAUAAAUCAAAUUAAUCCAAAGCAUCCAUACAAUAUAUGUCUUUCAUCGAUAAAUAAUAAUAAUAACCAAUGUGAUACGAAUAGCAAUAUGAUUUUGAAAAGACAUUCUAUUACUGAUGGUCGAUGUCAUGUAAAUGGAACAUGGUUUACAAAUGAAUAUAAUGGUAAUGAUAAUCAUCAUUAUUGGACACAUCCAUAUAAUGUUGAUCAAUUGUCUAUAGGAAAUCAAAUUCCUAAUUGGUUAAAUAAAUCUGUAUUAACAUCAUCAUCAUCAUCGUCAAGAUUGACAUCAACAUCAUUAACAGAAGCCAUAAGAACACAUAAUUCAUCAGAUAGUUUAUGUGUAACGUCAAGAUUUAAUGAUUCAACAAACUAUUAUCAAGAAUAUACUAAUUGUUGUCAACCAACAAUAAAUUCAUUUCAAAUAAACCAAUCUUCAUUGUCUUCAACUAUGUCUACAAAAACUUCGGCAAAAUUACAAUCUAAACUAUCUUGGACAACAGAUGAUAAUUAUUCAGAAUAUCUUAGUUCAAAUCAUUCACAGAAUUCAUAUAUUCAGUCUAAUCGAUUGGUUAACAAUAAUAAUUCUAGUAAUAAUGACAAUUUAAUUGAAAUGGAUCGUAAUAAUCGAACAAAUAUUCAAAGGAAUUGUAAUUCUGAAUUAAACUGUUGUUAUACAAACUUUCAGAAUAAUACUACUCAACUGGAAAAUAUGAAUCAUAUAAAUACUAAUCCAUUACUUAUUUCGUUAGCUUCAUCUCAACCGUUUUUGAUGAGUUCAUUCAAUACAACAUCAAUAUCAACAACAUCUGAACAAACUUCUUAUUCAUCUUAUCAUUUAAUCCCAACUUCAAAUACAGUUCAUCAAAUAAGUCAAAGAGGUAUUGAACAAAUGAAUAAAAUAAACAAUCUACAUUCAAAUAAUCAAUUAUCCACAAUAGCUUCAGUGACAGCUUCUGCAACAACAACAUCAACGUCCACAGUCAGUAGUUAUCAGAAUCUAAAAGAAAGAGAAGUAUACAAUUUCCCCGUAUCAAAUCCUCUUCAUACAUAUAUUAAUCCAUUUCAUUCAUCUAAUUCAUUGUACAGUUCUUUCUUACAAUCAGUUUAUGAAGAACCAACAUUCACAUCAUCAUCAUCGUCAUCGUCAUCAUCAUCACCAUCUCCAUCCUUACUAUUAUCAUCGUCAUCAUCAACUCAUCUCGGUCAUUUUAACCGGUUAUUUGUAAAUGCUGAUCCUAUUAGUAAUAAUCUAGUUGUCUGUAAUAUGUCAACUAUGGAUACAGAUUGUGAACCAUUUCAUUCAUCCAAUUAA